AAACUACCAUACUGCAACAGUAUGAGAACUUUUCUAAUAAGGAUUGGUACUCACUUAAGACAUAAUGAACAGCACUAUUGGCGACGUUUCUUAAAUCCGGUAUGUUGCGUUAACAAUUCAAACUCUAAUGGCAGGAGAUUUUUGAAAAAUAAAUUGGAUGCGAGUUGUAAUACUGUUGCCUUGGGUUUUGAAAGAUCAUAUUGUUCUUCUGCAAUUGCUGCAACCUUAGAUGGUGAGAAACCACAUUGUAACAUUGGUACUAUUGGGCAUGUGGACCAUGGAAAAACGACAUUAACUGCUGCUAUCACUAAAGUUUUGUCGAAGAAAGGUUUAGCGGAUUUCGUUUCGUAUGACCAGAUUGAUAGGGCACCGGAAGAGAAGGCCAGAGGAAUCACUAUAAAUGCCUGUCACAUUGGUUAUGCGACAUCACAAAGAACUUAUGCUCAUACUGACUGCCCCGGACAUGCCGAUUAUAUUAAGAACAUGAUUUCUGGGGCAUCUCAAAUGGAUGGUGCUAUACUGGUGGUGGCUGCUACAGAUGGGCAAAUGCCCCAAACAAGAGAACAUCUUCUGUUAGCCAAACAAGUAGGUAUUACAAAAAUUAUAGUCUUCAUUAAUAAAGCCGAUUUAGUGGAUCAAGAAGUUCUGGAAUUGGUGGAAAUUGAAAUGCGUGAAAUGUUAACGGACUUUGGAUUUGAUGGUCUAAAUAGUCCCGUUAUUUGUGGAUCUGCUUUAUUGGCUUUACGUGAUGAUAAAUCGCCAUUUGGAGUAGCAUCGAUUGAAAAACUAGUCGAUAGUAUUGACUCGUAUGUACCAACACCAAAACGUGAUUUUGACUCACCAUUUAUACUGCCCAUUGAUAACGCAUUCACCGUUCCUGGUCGAGGUACCGUUGUAGUUGGCACCAUAAAACGAGGAACAAUAACUAAAAAUGCCGAAUGUGAUCUAUUGGGUUUCAAUCAGAAUAUAAAAACUUCCGUGGGUGAUAUACAAAUAUUUCGUAAGAGUAUACCAAAGGCUGUGGCCGGUGAAAAUAUUGGAGCGUUAUUACGCGGUGUUAAAAUAUCCAGUGUGGAACGUGGCAUGCUGCUCUGUGCACAAGGAUCAGAAGAUAUUUCAAAUCAUUUUGUUGGUUCCAUGUAUUUGCUGUCAAGAGCAGAAGGCGGACGCUCCAAACCUAUGCUUUCAAAAUAUAUACAACAGUUAUUUAGUGUCACUUGGAAUGUACCAGCCCGAAUAGAUAUGAUUCCCUCAAAUAGUAUGUUAAUGCCUGGAGAACAUACAAAUGUACGUAUUACGUUAUUGCGCAAAAUGGUGAUGACAAAUGGACAACCUUUUACGAUACGAGAAAACGGCGCCACAGUUGCUACUGGCAUGAUUUUGGAACGAAAACCUUCUAUCGAUUUACCUAAAAAUAAAUUAUCUAAAGCAAUUGUUAGUUAUGAUUAAGCCAAAGAAAUUAUUUUAGAUUUCAAUUAAAAUGAAUUUUGGAAAAUUUCACGAAGCUUUAA